AUGACAGCGGCUCCGGCGUCUCCGCAGCAGAUCAGGGACCGGCUGCUGCAGGCCAUCGACGCCCAGAGCAACAUCCGGAACAUGGUGGCGGUGCUGGAAGUCAUCUCCAGUCUGGAGAAAUACCCCAUUACCAAAGAGGCGCUGGAGGAGACACGGCUGGGGAAGCUCAUCAACGACGUCCGAAAGAAGACCAAGAACGAGGAGCUCGCCAAGCGGGCCAAGAAGCUGCUCCGGAGCUGGCAGAAGCUCAUUGAGCCUGUGCACCAGGGUGAGGCGGCACUGCGGGGGCUUCCUGGCACCGCCGGCUCCGCCAACGGGGGUGCCCACAACUGCCGGCCAGAGGUAGGGGCGGCUGCCGGGCCCCGGAGCAUCCAUGACCUAAAGAGCCGCAAUGACAUCCAGAGGCUGCCCGGGCAGCGGCUGGACAGGCCGGGCAGCCGCAAGCGCCGGGGAGACCAGCGUGACCUCGGCCACCCUGGGCCACCACCCAAGGCCGCCAAAGCCAGCCAUGAGCCUCUGGCCCCCAACUCAUCCCCCCUGCCCACCAAUGGGAUCACCGGGAGCCCCGAGAGCUUCACCGGUCCCCUGGACAGCAGCGGGCACACGGGCCCUGAGGGCAGCCGCCUGGAGCCUGGCGAGAAUGACAAGCACAGUGGCUGGAUCCCAGUCAAUGCUGUGAGGCCGCACACCAGCUCGCCUGGCCCAGGCCUGGGGGCCAAGACCGCCUCACUGCAGCCGCUGGACAGGGUGGACGAGACUCCAGGCCCCCCACACCCCAGGGGGCCUCCCCGCUGCUCCUUCAGCCCUCGGAACUCACGGCACGAGGGCCCCUUCGCCCGGCAGCAGAGCCCAUAUGUGCCCAAGGGCUCAGUGCCCAGCCCCUCACCGCGGCCCCUGUCGCUGGAGGCCACGCAGGCGCCUUCACCUCUCCCGCUGGCCCAGCCCCCCACGCCCCCUGUCCGGCGGCUGGAGCUUCUGCCCAGUGCAGAGAGCCCAGGGUGCUGGCCUGACCAACCCGAGGGCCACCAGCGGCUGGCAGGGCCUGGCUGCAAGGCGGGGCUGCCGCCGGCCGAGCCGCUGCUGCUACUACCACGAGCAGGCCUAUCCCCAGACUCUUCCAGGGCGGACAGCGAUGCCGCCUCCUCGGGUGGCUCGGACAGCAGGAAGAAGAAGCGGUACCGGCCACGUGACUACACAGUGAACUUGGACGGACAGGGGGCUGAGGCAGGCGUCAAGCCUGUGCGGUUAAAAGAGCGCAAGCUCACCUUUGACCCCAUGACAAGACAGAUCAAACCCCUGACCCAGAAGGAGCCUGUGCAGGCCGAGAGCCCUGCGCGCACCGAGCCACCCCGGACCGAACUGGACGCGCAGGAGCCAAGGGGCGGCCUGCAAAGCCCCUUCGAGCAGACGAACUGGAAGGAGCUGUCACGCAAUGAGAUGAUCCAGUCCUACCUGAGCCGGCAGAGCAGCCUGCUGUCAUCGUCAGGCGCGCAGACACCAGGCGCGCACCACUUCAUGUCGGAGUACCUGCGGCAGGAGGAGAGCGCCAAGCGGCAUGGUGCCCACGAGACACAUGUGCUCGCGCCACACAGCCCGCCUGCAGACUUGCCAGGGCACACACGUGAGAUCACACAGGAUGAUCUGGAGCGCAUCCAGGCCCACCAGUGGCCGGGUGUGAACGGGUGUUAUGACACACAGGGUACCUGGUAUGAUUGGACGCAGUGCAUAGCGCUCGACCCGCAUGGUGACGAUGGGCGCCUGAACAUUCUGCCUUACGUCUGCUUGGACUGACCGCCUGAUGGGCGGUGGGUGGGUGUGGAGGCCCAGGGAAUGUACCUGGGGUUGGGCGGGUGCCCCCGUGCUCUGCCCUCGAGAUUCUCCUUCUUUUGUGAAAUGCUGCUACCAGUUUACUAACAAACUUGCAUAGGAAGGACUGCGGGAAGGACGGCAAAGCGAGUUCCAAGCGCUCCAGCAUCCAGCUAGACGGAGUGCCGUUCCCGCCUGGAGACAGUGCAGACACCCCGGCCACACGGGCUGGGCGCAACUGCAGGCAGGCACAGAACACUUGUGGAAGAAGUUACCUUUAACAGAACCGAGAGCACGCGUCUUAUUUAUUUGCAUUUGUUUGUGUUGUCAUUUGGCCCUGAGGUGUCUGGGAGGGUGAGCAGGAGCAUGGCCUUUGUACACUGUGCGCUCAGUCUAGCCCAAUCGCUGCUGAGCCUUGUUUCCAGCCCCCUGGGGCCAGAUGGCAUGGGGCGGCCAGCCCACUGGCCUCCAGUUUGACCCCACGUUCCCCAGGCAGCCACACGUUUUUAUCUGGUUUCAGUUACAAUCUUGUUUCUAAAGAAAUGCUGCAAAAAUUUAUUGUUUGAAGAGUUCAUUUUCUCCCGUUUCAUCUGACCACCAGCCAAACAACUUUCCUUUCUUUCUCUUAUCCUUUUCCCCUUCCUGCACAUAUCUAAAAGCUCUCAUCUUUCUAGAGUGCCCCACCCAAAAAGCCCCACAGAAGUCACUGCGGGUGCUACUGGGGUGUGCACUGUGCUGGGCAGAGGUGGCCUGUCUGGGCUGGAAACACUCGUGACCAUUCCUUUAGAGUUGUUUGCCUUAUGGUUAUCUGUCAGAAACGCGAUUUGCAAAAACAAGGAGCCUUAGUGAAUGUACAGUACCUAGACUUCUGGGUCCCCAGGACACAGAAGGGGCAACUUUGCUAUUUGGUCCAGUAAGUGGACACCUUGUGAUAUAAACGUGGAAAUAAAAAAAAAAAAACAUUUGCACAAACCAGCCUGGGAGUCGUUUCUGAUUUGGUCCUUU